CUCGUGACGUAAGCGGGAAGCGCGGCUCCGUGUCCGGGUUUCGUACAGUAGUUGAGGAAGAGAGACGAGAGGCUUUUCAAGCAUUUUUGGUCACUUUUCCAGUCACUCUUCGCGGCUUCGAUGGUGGUUCGGGAUGCGCGCACCUGGGACUUUUCGUAGCCGCCACGGAACUCCCUGAACGGAGGGGCUCUGCGUGUUGCUGCACGGAUGGAGAGCAUUCAGAGCCACAGGGAGAGAAACAGAGUGUCUGGCGACGACCCAUCAUCGCUGCUGCUCUGAGUCCAGCAAGUUGAGAGCGGGAGGACCGAGGAGUUGUCUGUCUUGGAGCUGAAGUGGAGACAGGAGGCAGGGAAAGUGGGCAAAGAUGGAGGAUGAACUGUUGCAGCAGGUGGGCCAUGUUCUCAAUGAGCUGGUGUCUUGGCUGGCGGCUGGUGCCAUGGUCUUUGGCGGCGUCGUCCCCUACAUCCCCCAGUACCGUGACAUCAGGAGGACCCAGAAUGCCCAGGGUUUCUCCACCUAUGUCUGCCUCGUCCUGCUGGUGGCCAACAUCCUGAGGAUACUUUUCAGGUUUGGAAGGUACUUCGAGACCCCUUUGUUGUGGCAGAGCAUCAUUAUGAUUGUUACCAUGCUGGUCAUGCUGAAUCUUUGCACCAAUGUCCGUGUGUCCACUGAGCUCAACACCAAGCGGCGCUCCUUCCUAGCAACAGACAGUAAGGACGAGGAGAUCAAAGUCCCUAAGAAGCUCUUUCUAGACUUUGACUGGAACUACUUCUGGCUGUGGAGUCGUUUCGUGGAUUAUGUGCAGUGUGUCCUGACCUUCACGGCUGUGGCGGGUUACAUCACCUACCUCCUCCUGGACUCAACUCUCUAUGUGGAGACCCUGGGUUUCCUAGCUGUCUUCACUGAGGCUAUGCUGGGAACACCACAGCUCUACUGCAACUACCAGAACAAAUCUACUGAGGGCAUGAGCAUUAAGAUGGUCUGCAUGUGGACCAGCGGCGACACUUUCAAGACGGGCUACUUCCUGCUCACUCAGGCACCCAUGCAGUUCUGGAUCUGCGGCCUGCUGCAGGUGUGCGUCGACUUCGCCAUCCUCUUCCAGGUCUACUACUACGGCCGUUACCCACAGAAGCCAGUCUCCCACACGGUCCACACGACCAGUGCCAAGGCUCUCUGAGACGGAUGUCC